AUGUUCAAUCCAGACAACCUGCGCUGGAGCCUUGCCAGCCACGAUCUUGCAUUCCCAAACAAAGUGCUUUCUCUGUUCUUCUCCCUGGGCCAAACCCUCCCGUGCCACCGCCUUGCACACUCUCCACAUGGUGGGCUUUUCCAGCCUACCAUAACGCAAGCCAUCCGCCUCCUCUCCCGCGCCCCCUUCUCAGCGCCUCCUGCCAUUCAGCGCGACGAGCCCACCGCCACAGACAUUUCCGACCCUUUCACCUCUGCUGCCCUCACGUACACCACCACCGGCCACGACAGCUUCCCCGCGCCCGCCGCCUACCUCUCGCGGCGGCACGCGUGGGUGCACAUCUUUCCGGAGGGCAAGGUACACCAGAAGGAGGACCGCACGAUGCGCUACUUCAAGUGGGGCGUCGCGCGGCUGAUUCUCGAAAGCGAGCCUCACUGCCCGGACGUGGUGCCCAUGUGGGUCGAAGGCCCCCAGCAGGUCAUGCACGAAGGGCGCACCUUCCCGCGCUUCCUCCCCCGCCCGAACAAGACGGUCAGCGUGACGUUCGGCGAGCGCGUCGACGUGGAGAAGGUCUUUGGCGACCUGCGCGCGCGGUGGAGGAAGCUGAAGGAGAAGGAACCCGGCAGCGCCGCGCUAGAGGUGGGCGUGUUGAGCGAGGGGCUGAAGUAUGGCAAGGAGGCGGUGGAGCUGAGGAAGGAGUGCACGAUGCGCAUGCGGGAAGAGGUGUUGAAGGUCCGGAGGAGCAUAGGCUUGCCUGAUGAGGACCCUAAGGCUGGCCUUGUUGAGACUUGGGCGCUGGAAGGCCCGAAGAACGAAGGGAAGAUGGACGAUGAGAGCUGGGUAAAGGAUACAUGA